AUGUCUACCCUCCAGGCAGUUCGCUACUCGCGCGGAAAGCUGGAAGUCCUCGAUCAACUCCGUCUCCCCCACGAAUUCCACUAUGACGACGUCUCGACCAGACAAGAAGCCUUCGACAGCAUCGCCACCAUGCGAACGCGCGGUGCGCCUGCCAUUGCCAUCGUUGCCAGCCUAGGACUUGCUGUUGAGCUUUUCAAGGGACCCGUAGCGGGCAACACUCCCGAGCAAGUCAUUGCGCAUAUCGACGAGGCCCUUGACUACUUGAAGCAGAGCCGUCCCACUGCCGUCGACCUCACCAAUGCCAUUAAUCAGCUCAAGGCUCGGAUACGAGCCUCUGGCGAAACCAAGGAGUCCAUUAUCGAAGGUUUCAUCGACGAAGCUGAAAAGAUUUUCGAAAAGGAUCUCAAAACGAACCUCGCCAUCGGAGACCACGGUGCGGAGUGGCUCAAGGCUCAAGUUGGCGCCACAUCAGAAAACACAGUCUCCGUUCUUACACACUGCAACACCGGCUCUCUAGCUACCUCAGGACAUGGCACGGCACUAGGAAUUAUUCGAACGUUGCAGGCCAAUGGCCAGCUACGACAUGCAUUCUGCACGGAGACCAGACCAUACAACCAGGGCAGUCGACUUACUGCCUUUGAACUAGUCUUUGAAGGCAUUCCCAGCACCCUGAUCACCGAUUCGAUGGCUGCUUCGCUGUUCCGCACCAAAAAGGCAGAGAAGAACAUUGUUGCCGUUAUAGUCGGCGCCGAUCGAGUUGUUCGCAACGGCGACACCGCCAACAAGAUCGGCACGUAUCAGCUCGCAGUCCUCGCAAAACAUCACGGUAUCAAAUUCAUGGUAGCGGCGCCCACGACCAGUAUUGAUUUGGAGACAGAGACGGGCGACGGCAUCAGGAUUGAGGAGCGGAAGCGGGAGGAGUUGACGCAGGUAACUGGUGCAGUUAUCAAGGCGGAUGGAAGCGUGGAUGAGAGCACAAAGGUCAGAGUUGCUACGGCAGAUCAGAGGAUUGAAGUGUGGAACCCAGCGUUUGAUGUUACGCCGGCCGAGUUUAUUGAUGCGGUUGUCACUGAAAAGGGGGCCGUUGAGAAGGGUUCGGAUGGCCAGUUUGACUUUAGCAAGAUUAUGCCGGAGCGGUGGGCCAAAGUUGUAGGAUGA